AUGCUGAUAAGUCGAUCACGUUGUAAACGCCCUCAGUAUCGAUGCGAUUCAAUUGAGUAUUGUCUUUCUCAGUCGCAAUUAACAUUUUUGAUAUUAUCUCGCUCAAAAUCUUCGAAACACGCACAUCCCACAUUAUUUACAUUUCCUGGCAACGCUACAUUGAAGUUAAUUACUAAUCAUAAAGAUUUUAUUAAAUGUACCGAAAAACAAUCGCAUGUACAACGGUCUAAUGUACCCGAAGCAGAAUUAAGUGCUCAUUUUGAAUUGGAUGGUGUAGUAUUGGACGAGAAUACUCAAUUUUCAUCAAUUGAAAAUAUUGCAACAUUGUUAGUUUUGGUUAUUUUACCUUUGAAUGAUCGACUACAUUUUCAUAAAACAGAAGAAAUAGAUCUAAAUGUGGCUGCUCUUGAAAAACAUCGAAACAAAAUUCACCAUCGAUUACCGCUGGAGAAUGGACACAGAUUAAAGUCACAUAAAAUAUUUAAAUAUCCAAACAAUAGUCUUGAUUUGCUAUUUGAUACUUUACAUGGUCAAUUAACUUAUUUGACUGGAUAUUUGAAGAGUCAUUUUGUUGAACGACAUCAAUUUACAACAUAUCUUAUACAGCAGUACAAAGGUGAUGACAAGGCCAAAAGAGAAUGGAAGGAAUGGGAAACAGGAAUUUACAAAAUGUUAGGCGACGAGGACGGAACGAUAAAUAUUAGUGUUGCUUCAGAUUGGGGAGCAGGUACUCUUGAGUCGAGUUUAGUAGCCAGUGCAAUGAUGAACGGUUUAGAUACCACAGUACAACAGCAACAAGCAACGCCGAAUUUACCACAUUACUCAAUCCAUUUAGGAGACAUUUAUUAUGUUGGAUUACCUACUGAAGUUCAACAUUGUUGUCUAGGUGUUAAGCCUCAUUGGGCCGAACAAGGAGUGUUUUGGCCAAUAGGGCAAAACGGUAGUUUUUCCAUACCAGGAAAUCAUGAACUAUACAGUGGCGGUUACGGAUAUUGGGAUUAUUUUUUACCGAGAUUAGGUUUAUUUGAUCCAAAUAAUUUAACCAAACCCAUUCAUUCACAAAAAACAUCUUACUGGGUACUAGAAAAUGAUUAUUGGCGUGUAAUUGGUUUAGACACUGGCUAUGACUCGUAUUCACUACUUUCGUUUGAUAAUUCCGCGAUUAGAUUGCCUGAUGAAUUGAUGGAUUGGCUCAAAAAUGUUGUUGGAUUAAAUCCAGAUAUGACUGAUAAACGAGGAUUGUUGUUCUUUUCGCAUCAUCAGGUUGUGAGUGCUUGGGAUCAGAAACCAUAUACAGCUUUUCCUGAACAAUUAGCAUCUUUAUUACCUGAUGGUCGAACUGUGCUCUACCUUUGGGGACAUGAACAUCGUUUAAGUUUUUACGAAAAACAAACAACUCGACCUAUUUCAGACACAAAAAAAUCUCUUACAUUUUAUGGUCGAUGCGUAGGCAACUCUGGUUUCCCUACGUUGGCAACAGAAUUACCCAUUAAAGCCCGAGAAACGUUAUUGUUAUUUUACGACGACCGCUUGUAUAAGGUUGAUGGUAAAAAUGCUUAUAUUAACAUAGCGUUGGGAUUCAAUGGAUUUGUGUCAAUGAAAUUUGUUAAGCCGAAAGAGUUCGGUGAUACAAGUCUGUUUAUUCAUUAUAAAACACUUAGUUUAAAAAAAGAUGGUCAUUUAACGGAUGAAAAUCCGACAUUAUUAGUUAAUGAAGAAUGGGGUGUCGAUGUUGAUGGAAAUGUGAUGUUAAUCAAAUUGCAAACGGUCAACGAAGAACUAACGAAAUCAGUUCAUAUUGCUAAUAAGAGGAAAGAAUUAACACUAACCCAAGAUGAGUUUGCUUGCGACAGUUGUACCACGUUGUAA